CAUGUGACUCUGCCCCCAGCUGUGCUCUGAAGAGCUUGCCAUCCGUCCCUGUUGGCCGCACCGCCGGGCGAAGAUGCGCGCGCCAUGCGGCACUGGUGGGUGGUCCUGGCUUCGCAGGCUUCGCAGGCUUUCGCCCUGCCGGGUGAUGGCUUGGCGCAGAAACCGCCUAUGGGUUACAAUUCCUGGAAUGACUUGGAGUGUAGACCAUCCGAAGAGAAGUUGACGGCCAUCGCAGAAAAACUGAAGAAUUUGGGUUUCCUCGAGCUUGGCUAUGAAUACGUGGUGGUCGAUGAUUGCCACCUGGCUGCGCGGAGGAAGAUAUCCAUAGAUCCACACAUCAUUUCACCAUCGGCAUACCCUGCCAUGGCCAUCCCUUGGCGCCUCCUGGCGCGCCGUGCUGUGGCCUCCACGGUGCCGGCGCGGCGCAACACGCCGGCGGUGCCGCUGAGCAACUGGACGGUGCCGCCCGCGGUGGCGGUGCCGCAGCACAUUCCGCGGCCGUCCUAUGCGGACGACCCACAGGGAAGGCCGAGAGAGUUACUUCCGGAAGAAUUUGCAGAACAGAAGUCACCAGAAAUGAUUGGGAAAAUGCGUUCCGCCUGCGGCCUAGCAGCUGAAGCACUGGCCUUGGCCUGCGAAGUGGCCAAGGUGGGGGUGACCACCGACGAGGUGGACCGUCGCACCAGCGAGUUCGUGAUUUCCCGUGGGGCCUAUCCGGUAGGCAUCAAUUAUUAUGGCUUCCCACGUGGCCUUUGCGCCUCACCAAAUGAGGUGGCGUUGCAUGGGGUGCCCAAUACUCGGCCUUUGGAAGAAGGAGACAUCAUCAACUUAGACGUCACCGUCUAUUUGAACGGUGCCUUUGGCGACUGUUCGGCCAUGGUUUGCGUUGGGGACGUCGACCCAGCCGCGCGCUUCUUGGUGGAUGCCACCAAGCAGUGCUUGGACGAAGCUGUGGAAUUGGUGGGACCAGGACUGAAGUUGAAUCAGAUUGGCCAUUUUUGCCAUGACUUUGCGCGGAAGAGGGGCUUGCACGUUGUGAGUCAGUUUUGUGGCCAUUUCAUCGGAAGUGAGCUCCACAUGCUUCCGAAUGUCAGCCAUGUGCCCAACAGUCUUGCGCUCGAACUCCUUCCGGGGAUGACUUUUACUAUUGAACCAAUCUUUGUCGAGGGUAGUGCUGAGAUCACUGAUGCCUUGGAAGAUGGCUGGACGAUCCUUUCGAAGAACGGAGAUUGGAGCGCCCAGUGGGAACACACGGUGCUGGUCACCGAGGGCCAUGCUGAGGAUUCUGGCCAGCUGGAAGAGGAUGAAAGAAUGAAAUCCCUGGGCGAUUACCUGCACAAAUUGGGCUUCAAGUAUGGCAUUUACACCGACAGAGGCCUCAAGACUUGCGCCAGCCGCCCAGCCUCCUUGGGUUUUGAAGCUCAAGAUGGAAGGCUGUUUGCCUCCUGGGAUGUGGAUUUCGUGAAGAACGAUGGCUGUGUUGAUCCAGAUUGUGGUGACAUCAUGGUCGGCUACCCUGAGUCGGGAAAAUGCGACGACGAGGGGAAGAAGAAGACGGUGGAGAAAUACCGUCGGAUGGCAGAGGCGUUGAAUAGCAGUGGACGUCCCAUUGCUGCUGGGCAGUCCAUUCAAUCUGCGGCUGGAACCCGUGGUUUGCGGGCAUUGGCCGACAGUUUGGCUCUAUGUUCAUAUGCAUCGUUUCUGCCUGGAGCCGAAGCUGCUGGACAGGGAGGCCGGGAGGCCGCGGCUGGAAGGGACCCAGUUGGAAUGACUACUGAGGUGGUUUUGGCCACGGCAAGAGCUGUAGAUGUGCGGGCGCAGGCGGCUUCCUUGCCUAGGGCCAAAGGUAGCGCUGCCGAGUCGCUUCUAGAGUUGCAGAGCAGUUGGGCGCAGAAAGCAGACAGGUCCGAGGGGCCCGAGAUGCCCGCAUCCCUGCUGCGGUCCGAGCGGCGCACAGCGGUGGUGUCGGAGCAGGGGGAGAUCAGUAGUGAUGAUGGGAUAUCCAUCGAAGAUCUUUUGAAGGACGAGGUGGUGAAACAGGAGAAAGCAGCAGAGGAACUGAUGAACGUUCCCAAGGUGGUGGGCUGUGCCGGCACAGAGAAAGGUGACGUUCCUCAUGGCUUCACCUUCCCAGAGAACUACCCGGCGGAUCCCGCGUGGGAUGUGAAGAGCAUUUGGAACAGUAACAAAGCGGGACUCUAUGGCCCAGCAGUGCAAAACGCCAGAUAUGUAGCUGUCACUCUGGCGGAGCAACAACCCAGUGGAGGGUACUACUACUUGGUGUUUGGGGACGAGCUCUCAGACCUUGGAACCAAGUUGAAUUUGCCCCUGAGCGACUGUGACUUCGGGGACGCCUUGGGCAAGUUCCUGAAGACCGGCGCGCGACCUGACAGUGAACCUCGAGCACUUGGCAAUGUCUCCACUAGCUGGAAUGGCACGACCUGGCGAGUCUACGAGAAUCCUGUGCCGAGGCAGGUGCCCAGUCAGAAGGAAAGAACGCUCUUUGCGCCCAUGAACUUCCCUUCCCUGGAUGCGAAGCCGGAGCAUCCCAAGGCGUCCGAGGAGCUGGCCUUCACACGGCCCCAUUCCGAGGAGGCGAAACCCAAGGCUGAUCCUUUCGUCAUCAAGAUCAAGGGAUUGUCUGCAGCAACUACUACGCCCAAGGCGACGCUGCAUAGCGAUGUCCAAGAGAUCAAAGAGACCUUGCAGGGAUUGAUGGAGGAGAUCGAAGCCUUGAAGGUGGCAGGUGCUGCCAUUGCUCAGAAGUCUGAUGGUCGCACUACCAGCUAUGAUGAGGAUGAGGAUGUGGUCGACGUCAAGGACUUAUAUCUAGCUGGCCGGCUGCUUCCAAAGAAGGGACACUUUCAGAUUGAUGCAGACGGCAGCUCCAGCAUUCACGAAGAUGGAGUGAAUCUUCGCCUGGAUCCAGGCACCUCGCCCUCCCCGUUGGGUGGUGACAACGACCUCCUCGUGAAUUUGGCGGGCUAUUCCUGCAGCAAAUUCUAUGGGUCACUUCGGAUCACCAAAGAGCGACCAGUGGGAGCCAAAGGAAUCACCUUCUUCACUUUCCAGGACGAGAAGAACAUUGGCUCUGUCCUGGUGGGUAGACGAACUCCCAAGGAAUUCCCCUUUCGUUAUGGUCUCGAUCCGGAGAUCAGCAACAUCAGCCUGAGGGUGCACGACCAUGGCACGCCGGACAAGGAUUUCUUCGAAUUGGAAGGCUACCUCUCCUGCAAGGUGGACUGCAGCGGCCGCGCCCUCGACACGGACACGGGCUCCUGCGAGAGCUUAACGGACGACCGGGUGCGUUGCGAGGGGGCUGCGGAUCCUCAUGGAAGGCCAUGUCAGUGGAAUGGGGCCAGCUGCUUCAGCAUCGAAUCUGGUCGCUGUUCGCGUAACACGUUGUGUUACCAGGUCCUGGACGGCACCAAUGACUGCAGCGGGCGCUCGGACUACGACUCCUGCACCCAGCGGACUGAUAGCUCUGCAACACUCUGUGGUUGGAAGGACAAGGUGCCUGGGCUCGCUUUAGAUGGAGGAGCUGUUGGAUCUAGGAUGAUGUAG